AACUUUCCUUUUUUUGAGGUGUUGCGCGAUCUGGUGACGGAGAAGUUGCCCCGUUUUGCUGCACACCUACGACAAUUUGAAGUGGACCUGUCGUUAUUUGCGCUGAGUUGGUUCCUCACUUGUUUUGUGGAUGUGAUGCCGCAUCAGAUCUACCUACCAAUUUUCGACGUUUUUCUCUACGAGGGAAAUAAGGUGAUUUUUACGUUAUUUCGAUUCGCAUUGGCCAUAUUGAAGAUGUGUGAGUCGUCGGUGCUGCAAAGUAAGACUGUCAGCAUGGUACACGCUUGUUUAAGCAGGCCGCGUCAAUUCGUUUCUGAUUACAAGUUGCUAGCACAGGUAGCUUUCAACGACAUGAAUCCUUUCCCUCAAAAACAAAUUGAGACGAAAAGGUCGCUAUACUUAGCGCAGUUGCAGGCAAGACAUUCAUAA